UAAUUGCAUUUAGUUUUAUUAAUCAAAUUAUAUUCCUCUGCUCUAAUUUCUUAAAUUUCGACUCCAGUCGUUGAAGGAAUCGACUUUAAAUGUUUGUUCGAUCUUUAGUUAACAGCUGAUUGGUGAAAUAACUUUUUCUGGCGGCUGAUUUUGCAUUUAAACCAUAUCUAUAUAAAUCGUGGUGAUUGUGUUUAUAUUGCGAAUCUCUAGAAUGAAAACAAUUCGAUGACAUAUAUAUAAAUAACAAACGACAUGGUGUUACCGUUAGAGGAAAAGGCUAAAUUGAAUAUGGAAUCUGCUGGUGUAUUUAUAAUAGAUCCGUGUGUCUUAUCUAAAGCGAAAGAGCAGCAUAAUAACAGUGUAAUAUUGAAAGAUCAACAGAAAUCAUCUGACUCCACAGCGAGUACACACGUUACUAUAACGUCAAGCGCACCGUCAAAAGCAGAGCAAACGUUAAAAGGACAUCAAAACCUAGCUGCCUUAAGUACUGAUUCUUCCGCCAAACUACCUACGACAUAUGCUUUGCCGGUGCAAGGUGCAAUGCCGAAAGUGUUGAAAACAACUGCCUUGAAUAAGGACAUCACUGAACGAUUACUUAGCAUACAUACUACGAUAAAGGAAGUUGCAAAGGCAAAAUUGACACAAGUGUUAAAGGAAAAUCAUCAAGCACCUGUCUUAGUUAAUCAUCCCUCUGCUCGAUUGCUUAGUACAAACGCUAUAGUACCAGUACGCAAAACCCCUGUUUCGAUUAAGAAUCCCUCUACUGCUUUGUCCAAGACUCUUACAAAGGCUAGUCCGGUAACAUUACCGAGAAAAAUGAAUGCGUUUGUGCUACAAACUAGCAAAUUGACGAUUUCGGAUGCUGCGCGAAAUAAAGAAAUUCAAAGAUUAAGAGAAAUGAAUAAAAAUAAAAAUCAUACUCAAUUACAAUCGAAGCCAUUAACGACACUAAGCACAACAACAAAGUCAAAUAAUUUACAGGUUAACCAAACUACUCCAAUUCAAACACAAGCAUGUUCGGCACAAUAUUUUGAAUUUGUCAAUGAAGCUUUAUUUGAUGAGGAGGAUUUGGCGAAAAACCCCGUUAGCUCAGAGACUGAUUCGGAUGAGGAAGAAUUGAAAAUUGAGGAAAAUUUAAUUGAAUAUGCUUUGAGUAAUCCUAUAUAUGAUAAAGUUGAGUGUACUUCAAUUGCUGUACAAACUGAGGAAGCUGCUGAAGAUCGUAUUCACUGCGGUUUUGUAAAUGUCUCAAAAACUGGUUGUGAUAAAUACUUCAAUCUUCGUUGCUUUUAUUGCGAUGCAGAAUUUCCCAUUUCAUUUUGGUCUGAAUUCUCCGAUCAUGUAAUUUUUACGCAUAAAGAUUUGGAAAACUCUUAUGUUAAAAACGAUGUUAAGUCAACGGCAAAUGAAGAGAUUGAUACUUUCUUUGAUGCAGAUUUCAAAUUUCCGCUAACAUUGACAAAUUUGAAUGCAAUGAAUCUGUUCAAUGAUACAGACUCAAGUGAUCAAGAAUUCAUAAAGGAGCCACCGCAAAAAAAGCCAUAUGAAAAAUCAAUAAAAGUCGAGCCCAUAGAAUGUAAACCAAAACUUGUCAUAACGAAAGUGCCAACGGACGAACUACUUCCAGAAGACUUUAAUGAAGCUAAUGAUUGGGAUAGUGAUAGUGAUAAAGAACAAUUUCACAUGUCUGUUAAAAGUUAUAAUCCCAAUAUAGAUCAUUGUUAUACUCAAGGUAUGAAUGUUGUUGAAAAGGUAGCAAAUGAGGAGCCAAUAGAUCAGAUAAGUUUCGCUAAAACGCCACGCCAUAUUGUUAUGGAUUUCUUGGAACAUUUAAAAGGCUUUCCAAGUUUAUGGUUUGCGCGAGACGUGGAUUCAGAGAGAUAUGAUAACCAAUUAUUAGAUUUAAAGUCUAUAAUCUCAGAAAAAUGGGGUCUCAACUUGAAAAGGGGUUAUCUGCGUAAAAAUCUAGAAAAUAUAAAAGCUUGGUUUGUUGCUAUGACCAAAGCGAAACAAGUAAGUGAUGGUAAAAACUUUACUAAACAGUUUAUUGAGUACUACGACAAAUGUGCAGAAUAUUUGCCUUGUGGCAACUUGAAUAAACCAGAAAAAAUUUACUGUGAUCUAUGCCAUCGGUUCUGCUAUGAUCAGAUUGGCUUACAACUACAUAAAUAUCGUUGGCAUAGCAUUGGUCAACUGCCAUACGCAUGCAAUAAGUGUGACAAACGUUUCGAUUAUAUUCACAAACUACGCAAUCAUUUGCAAAAGAAGCACGCACCACCACCUCAAAUACCAGCAGAAAUGACUUGCGGUCUGUGUGAAGAGAAAUUUACACAAGUAAAUGAAUUUAAAAAACACUUCAAUACACAUUUAAUGUGUAUUUGUGACAUAUGUGGUUACCGCACUAAAACCAUGGGAUCCCUAGGCAUACAUAAAAGGAGUCAUCAGCCGCCGAAGCCACCAAUGGUGCCAUUAGUUUGUGUUGAAUGUGAUUUCAAGUGUUACACUCAUGGUAAGAUGAAUAUGCACAAAAAGACCCAUGGCGAACCCGGUUAUCAUUGCGAGAUUUGCCCAAAAAAAUUCCAUUAUGCGCAUUAUUUGAAAAAGCAUAUGGCUUGUCAUGAAGGAAAGCUCGAUUACAUUUGCGAGACAUGUGGCAAACUCUUUGUACGUAAAGCAUACCUGCAGGAUCACGUGAAAUAUGCGCAUAUGGGUAAAGGCUUUUGUAAAAUUUGUAAUCGAAAUUAUAACAAAAGUUCUAUAUUCCAUAAACAUUUGCGAAAUGUUCAUAGACCGUUAAUUGGUACAAUUGAAGAAUUAACAAAACGACGGCACAGAAAUGUCGGUAUCCGUGUCAGCCAGAAAGGUAAGGGUACCGGUCCGCGUUUACAGAUGCGUAAAUACACAUAUGUCUCGGAUCCUGUGACGCAAAAACGUCGUUUGUUAUGUCCGAAAUGUGAUAAAAGUUAUUAUCAAUAUGAUUCAUUAUACUUGCAUCUGAGAAACAAACACGGUUGCGGCGCAUGGGUUCACAAGAAGCCUAGAGUACGCAGUAAGGUUACUGCUAAGCCGGCUAAAGAUAUCGUAGCCGAAAACACAGCUGAAGCGGCAGCUGCUGUUAACACAAUCGUUGAGAACGCUGAUAUAAGCCAAAAUGAUCCUGUGGAUCUUAGUAAAACGCCUUGCAACGGUAAUGAAACUAAUGACUUCAAGGAUGUAAUGUCAUUGUCUUCAUUUGAAAAAUGCAGCAAUAAAAUUCCUUCAAAUACUGAUUUUACUCUACAAUCCACGAGUGGCGGCCACCAGCAACAAUUCGUGUUAAAAGCAGGAAAUAUAAGCGAUAUCAAAAUGGAAAAUACUCCAGUUAUUGAUUUUGAAUAUUUACUAUUCAAGUAUGAUGGUACAAAAUUUACGUAAAAGUCUACUAUUUUGUGUAUAUACAUAUGUAUAUAUAUGUAUGUAUAUAUGCAGACCAUUUUUUUAUUGCAAAUAUGUGU